UGCCUACAGCUCAUUUCACGGAAUCGCUUGGAACAAACGUUACCGACUGUUCUGUCUGGGUUAUUCUUAUAUCCUUGUGAUUUCAUCUUACUUUGAUGCCUUGUCAUACUCCCGCUGUUGGUACCAUUCCGAUUGGUGGGCCCUACCCCGUAGUGGGUUGUGUCAUGUCGCGCAGUGUGCUGGGCCAGCCAAUCUUCAAGCGCCAGCGCGGUCCAUUCGGCGAGGCAUCUCUUCUGCUCGGACACCUCAUCGACUCAGCAAGUCGGCUGAAGCCACAUAUUUUUCAUUGGCGUUCCUUCAGCACGGUCGCCCACAUCCCCUUUAUUUACCUGUGCAAAACAUAUGGCCCGCAAAGCGAAGGCUUCAACCGCGGCGUCUACCACGGCGUCCAGCAGCAGCAAUGUGGAUGCCGAGAAAAACGACGUCAGCGAUUCCGAAGAUGCGGGCGGCGCGGAAAGCGACACAGGGGCAGCCACCGGCAGGCCCGUGACGCCACCGCCAAAACCCAAGCGCAGGCGGCGGGGCAUAAGCUCCCGGGUGUGCGGAGUGUGCGAGCGAAUCUUCAGCAGCCGCUCGGCCGUGCGACGCCACCUGGUGACGCACACGGGUCACAGGCCGUUCUCGUGCACCGUGUGCGGCCGCCACUUCUCUCUCAAAGGGAACCUCAUGGCCCACAAUCUGACGCACUCCGGAGCGAAGCCCUUCGAGUGCCACCUGUGUCCGCAGGUGUUCUAGCAGCGAUGCUCGCUCAACCGUCACCUUCGGAGAACGCACGAGAGAGGAGCGAAGUGAUUUCGUCGAAGGAUUUCGUCGUGCGCUAGGAACUGACGGCGCCACCUAAAGGCGGAAAAUGUUCAUUUCAAGUCGGAAUAAUGCCGCAAUAAAGCUUUGUACUCGUUGA